AUGUCUGACGACUUCAGAAUCUGGACUGAGCCCAAGAGCCACUCUCUUGAAGGUCACAUCUUCAACGGUACUCUCCUCUUCAACGGCAACGCCAUCUGGGGCCCUCGCAGUUGCCACGACAACACCGUGGACCUGAUCAACGCCCUCAGCGAUGCGGAUCCCCGCUUCACCAUGAGGUUUGAGAGAAGAAAUAACACAAACGAAGGUCACACACGCUUCAUCAGCCUCCGAGUCGACGGAAGAGUUGUACUGAACAAACUGAAUACUCAUGACAGCAUGGACGGGUUUGUCAUCGCUGUUAACACCGCUCGGGCUGUCGCUGGCCCCCCUUAA